AUGUUCAAACGUGAGACGCCGGAGGAGCAGGCAAAGAUUUGGCGGCGGCAGCUCAACUCGGAAAUGCGCAAGAUCGAUACGCAGAUUCGCAAAAUACAACGAGAGGAAAUGAAAGUCAAACAAGCAGCCAAACAGGCGGCUCGUCAGGGCGACAACGUGGCUGUCCGCAUGUUAUCAAAGGAGAUUAUUCGCUCUCGUAAUGCCGUGCGUCGCAUGUACACCGCCCGAACCCAGAUGAACUCUGUAUCUAUGCAUUUACAACAGCAGGUCUCUCAGAUAAAACUGGCGGGGAAUCUUAAGAAGAGUGCCACUAUUAUGUCCCAGAUGAAUGAACUGGUGCGUAUACGUGAGGUGCAGGAAGUGAUGCAGGCGAUGAGUAAAGAAAUGGUGAAGGCCGGAUUGAUUGAAGAGAUGAUGAACGACACGAUUGACGAUGCCUUAGAUGAUGGGAUCAGUGAUACGGAGUUGGAGGAUGAGGUGAGUAAAGUGGUGGAGGAGGUCACCCACGGCAAGAUGGAGGGCGCCACCGCUGGACGCUCCAAGUUGCCACAGGCACAACAGACAGUGCAGACAACAGAAGUGGAGGAGGACGAUGAGGACGAUUUGAUGGAAAAGUACAACGCACUGCGGGGAGGGACCAGCUAA